AUGGACCCCACCAACCCCGCCAAGUACAUCGACUUCCCUGUCCUUCCUGACGACGCAAAACAUGCCGAUGGCAGUCCAGCAUUGAACCGUCACUCUACACACAUCACCCGCGGCCAUGACUUCCCCGGGGCGAAGGCCAUGCUAUACGCCGCCGGCGUUCCUGACAAGGAAUCCAUGGCUAAAAGCCCCCAAGUUGGAAUUGCAUCGGUCUGGUGGGAGGGAAACCCCUGUAACAUGCAUCUAAUGGACCUCGCUACGACUGCGAAAAAAGCGAUAUCUGACCGCGGAAUGAUCGGAUGGCAAUACAAUACCAUUGGAGUGAGCGAUGCGAUCUCAAUGGGCAGCGAAGGUAUGCGGUUUUCGCUUCAAUCCCGUGAGAUAAUCGCCGACAGUGUUGAGACCGUUACUUGCGCUCAGUACCACGAUGCCUGCAUUGCUAUCCCGGGCUGUGACAAGAACAUGCCAGGAGUAGUAAUGGGUAUGGCGAGACACAACCGGCCAUCCAUAAUGAUCUACGGUGGGACAAUACAGAAAGGUUAUUCCGACACGCUUCGCAAGCACGUCAGCGUUUCCACGUGCUUUGAAGCUGCAGGCGCGUACGCAUAUGAUACCCUACGCCAACCGGAUGAUGGAGGUGAUACAAGCAAAACAAAGGAUGAUAUCAUGGAUGACCUAGAAAAGCAUGCUUGCCCCAGCGCGGGUGCAUGCGGAGGCAUGUUCACCGCAAAUACAAUGGCCACUGCAAUUGAAUCUAUGGGAUUGUCCCUGCCGGGAUCGUCAUCAACGCCUGCGUCGUCACCGUCUAAGAUGCGAGAAUGUGUCAAGGCAGCCGACGCUAUCAAAACCUGCCUUGAAAAGAAUAUCCGGCCCCGCGACUUGCUCACCAAGAAAUCGUUUGAGAACGCAUUGGUAAUAACCAUGGCUUUAGGAGGAUCUACCAACGGAGUGCUGCAUUUCCUGGGAAUGGCGGGGACUGCUGGGGUUAACCUCACGUUGGAUGAUAUCCAAAGAGUCAGCAACAAGAUCCCCUUUAUUGCAGACCUCUCUCCCAGCGGGCGGUUCUACAUGGCCGAUCUAUACGAGAUCGGCGGAAUUCCCUCCGUUCAGAAGCUCCUCAUCGCAGCAGGCUUAAUGGACGGUGAUAUUCCGACAAUCACAGGCAAGACCCUGGCCGAAAACGUAGCCUCACACCCAUCACUACCGCAAGACCAAGUUAUAAUCCGACCCCUAAACAACCCCAUCAAAUCAACCGGCCAUAUCCAAAUCCUCAAAGGCAACCUCGCCCCCGGUGGCGCUGUCGCCAAAAUCACAGGAAAAGAGGGGACCAAGUUCACCGGCAAAGCACGCGUCUUCAACAAAGAACACGAACUCAAUGAUGCCCUCACACAAGGCAAGAUCCCGCGCGGCGAGAAUCUCGUCCUCAUCGUUCGCUACGAAGGACCCAAGGGUGGUCCAGGCAUGCCCGAACAACUCAAAGCCAGCGCGGCGCUUAUGGGAGCUAAACUCACCAACAUCGCACUCAUCACUGACGGGCGGUAUUCCGGUGCCUCGCAUGGCUUCAUUGUUGGCCACAUCGUGCCAGAGGCGGCAGUGGGAGGUCCAAUUGCUGUUGUUCAGGAUGGGGAUUUGGUCACCAUUAACGCAGAACGGAAUGAACUCAGCAUGGAUGUUUCGGAUGAGGAAAUCCAGCGGCGCUUGAAGGAGUGGAAGCCACCGGCGCCGAAUGUUACUCGUGGUGUGCUGGCGAAGUAUAGGCAGUUGGUUGGGGAUGCUUCGUCUGGUGCUAUGACGGAUCUGUUUUGA